CAUGUCUCCUGUGAGUGUCGCCGACAAUUGUCGUUCUUUUCUAUCAAGUUUUUUGUGGAGCUCAAACUAAAAAGCAAAUCUAAUUUGUCAAAAUGGUUACAGCUAAGAAGCAAAAAAAGGCUUUAGAGUCCAUCAAUGCCCGCUUGGCACUUGUCAUGAAAUCCGGCAAAUACUGCUUGGGAUACAAACAAACCUUGAAGACUCUCCGUCAAGGCAAGGCUAAGUUGAUCAUCAUUGCCAACAACACGCCCCACUUGAGAAAAUCCGAGGAAAUUUCAUUUACGGUCAGCAUGAAACGCAUCGAGCAUGGCGGAGAUUGGCAUGAAAAGUCUUUCAGUGAAAUUCUGACGUUAGCCAAGCAGUAUAAAGAGCACGGCGUGAAGAUGUUCAAGCAGUUUCCAGUCCAAUUCGCUCAUUUUUACUUUGCAAAGGCCGCAAAAUGCCUUUUGAUGUACAAACCUUUUGGAGAUCUCGAAGAACGAGCUAAAAAUGAGAAUGUCGACGCCUCCGAGUUGAUUCCGUUACUUCGAAAUAUCUACACAAACAUCGCUGCGUGUCUCUUGAAGCAAAAUCGCAUCAAUGACGUCAUCGAUCUGCUUGGUUUCGUCGAAUGGGCAGAAGAACCAGUGCCGGAAAAGGCCGUUUAUCGACUCGCAACUGCUUAUUUCAGCAAAAAAGAUUACGAUAAAGCGCGCGAUGUGAUCAAAAAACUUCCAAAUUACGCGGAAAAUAAGGAGCUGAUGGCACUUUUGGCGAAAAUUAAUCAGGAAUCGAAAGCUGGCGACGAAAAAUAUGCAAAUAUGGUCAAGAAAAUGUUCCAAUAAAGUAGUUUUUUGAGUUUUCCUUUUUUUAUA